ACACACUCGUGUUAGCUAGGCUCAGCUAGCUGUUAGCCGCUAACGUUAGCGGGAAGUGUUGUUAGCGGAAGUAGCCUCUCAGCUUCGCGUUCACUCUGGUUUAAAACCGGCGAACAACCCGUUGCUCGUUAUUGUAACUGGCCCAAAUCACCCGGGGCCAAUCGGAGUGUUGUCACGUCAGCUGCACACACUGUCGGUGUCAGAGUUAGCAUGUAAGCUAACCCUCAACUUCUCUCCGUUAGUUAGCGCGAUGCAGGGUUCACGCGAGGACACGACCCCUCGUAUACACAGCGUUGUUCUGACGUUACUGUAAGUGUUGGAUCUUCAACGCUGCGAGACGUGCAACGCCCUGUUAUUACUGGAGAUUAUAAAGCCUAUGGAAGCGAGAGGCCGAGCGCUCCGUCAACUGGACGGUGGAGGAGACCCAGGUGCUGCUGUGUGCCUGGAGCGACGAGCGCGUCCAGAAGAGCCUGGCGGAGAACCUCCGCAACCGCCACGUCUUCAAGCACCUCUCGACGCGCAUGAGCGAGAUGGGCUUCUGCCGCAGUCCGCACCAGUGCCGGCUGCGCGUCAAAACUCUGAAGGCGAACUACGUGCGGGCCCAACUGCACCGCAGUGUGAACGGCGCGCAGCCGUGCACUUUCAAAUACUUUGCCGAGAUGGACGCCGUGUUGGGUCGGAGGUCGACGGGCGGAGUGGGCGGCGGCUCGUUUUUUGCACCUUUGGAACAGACGGCGGAGCUUGGCCUCGACGGGACGGGGAGCAUCCCGGAAGAUUUAAAUUCUAACACCGACGAGAUCAGUGGUCACCAUUUUGGUUCCUCGGGGAGAACGGGAAGGCAACGACCUUUGAGCGCGUCGGAGGGGAGAGGAGGCCGGUCGCCGUGGCAACUCGACUCCGACGUCAAGCUGGAGGAGAGAGAGGAUUCAACGGACGAGUUUGAGUUCGUGGACGCGGGAUUCCCGGCGUGUCCCAGAGUUUAUCUGGAAUCAGGCUUCCAUCGAGAAAUGAGUGGUACACCAGUGGACAACAGCCUCAGCUCUCCCUCCCCUCACGUUGUCCCACCUCCACCAUCUCCUCCUCUUCCCCAGUCCGCCGCCUCACCUCUCCCCGCACCCCCAGACCCGAGCCCCGACAACGCCCUGCCCACCUCUGGCCUCCUCCACCACCUCGAGUCCCCCCGCCCGGAGCCCGUCCUCAAGCACCUGCUGGGGAGCUUCCAGCGGCUGGUGUCGGACACCCGCGGCCUACUGGCGCAGCUGGAGAGCCAGCGGCAGGAGCAGGCCCGCUGGCACCAGGAGCUGCUGUCCCAGUGGCUGCAGAGGGAGGAGCGUCGGCAGAGGGAGGCGGCCGACCGGGAGGAGAGGAGGGAGAAGGCUCGCAUGGAGCACGAGAUCCGGGUCCUGGAGCUCCUCACCGGCCUCGCCAGGGAACACGGCUGUAAAGGCGGAGGCGGGCAGACUUUACUGGAGGGACCGACCGGUCCGAGUCACAACACGGACAAGGAGAGAAAAUAGGUGGCACUCAAAAAGCUAAAGAUUUAAUUUUUUAUAAAGUUUUAACCCAAAGAGGUGGAACGGUGCAGAUCUGGUGGAACCAAAUGACGGCACUGAUGAUCCAAACCACCACGUUCAGGUCAGCUUGGUUUCGGGCAUCGACCAUCAAACUUGAAGAGUGUGUGAGUGUAAUGGUGCGUUCACACUGGACGCGAAGCAAAUUUUGAGCAUGUAAAUGCAAAGAUGCGGCUGGACACCGACGCAGGCAACGGGAAUGGUGCGAGUAGUGCAGCGCCCACACGCUAAUUUACGCCGCCCGCUUCAGUAUAUUCGCGUGACGCUUUGAUGCGAUGGACAACGAGCGCUGAGAUCCUCGGUCGUCAGCAGCCUGUCAAUGAAUCAGGAAUGGAGAAUCGCGACCGGGUCGCUAUUUGUAUUAUGACCGAGUGAAGAAGGCUAGUUAGCACAACCGCUUUGUGUGGCUUUUGCCAUCGUCAUUCCUGUCUGACUUUUUUUCCUUCAACAGUUCAUGUUUACAAGUGAAUGCGCGUCUUUGUCCAGAUUCGGUUUGUCGCAGACAGUGGAAGGAAUUGAACGGGCAAAUGUUCACACGAAUGACGCAAAUAAGCACAAAUGUGUGCUUGCAACCAAAGUCGCUCGAGCCGCACGUAAAAUUCGCAUUGUGUCCGGUGUGAAAGCACCGUCACUGACAACGGGAUGUUAGUUGAUGCUCACAAAAAACUUUCAACACAAAUACUGCACUUAUGGCGUAAAAGGAAAAUAUUUUAUUGCAGAUUCAUUCGGUGUCGGUUGAUGUAACCAAAUGAUGGUGACAUUGUUUCAUGCACUUUUAAAGAAAAUUAAAAAGAAGCGAUUCUUUUGUAAAGCU